AUGGCUUCGUUGGGAAAUUAUGAACGUUAUCACUCUGACGAAACACAUCCUCCUUCUAAUCUCUGUAUGCAGAAAUUUAGGCUUUAUGAGACUCGAUCGAACUUUUACAUGAUUGGAAGGGACAAGAGUAGGGCAUACUGGAGGGUACUAAAGAUUGACCGUCUAGAUCCUUCUGAGCUAAAUGUGCGUGAAGAUUCCACCACAUAUUCAGAAAGGGAAUGUUCUGAUCUUUUGAGGCGGAUACAUGAGGGGAACAAGUCCACUGGUGGACUUAAAUUUGUUACAACUUGUUAUGGAAUUGUUGGAUUCAUCAAACUUUUGGGGCCAUACUACAUGCUACUUAUCACAAAAAGAAGGCAAAUUGGUUCAAUCUGUGGUCAUACUGUAUAUGCUAUCUCAAAGACUGAGAUGAUUCCGUUGCCGAAUUCUUCUGUUCGGUCUAACAUCACCGAUUCUAAAAAUGAAAACAGGUACAAGAAGCUUCUAUGCACAGUUGACCUUACAAAGGACUUCUUUUUCAGCUACUCAUACCAUAUUAUGCGUAGUCUUCAAAGGAACAUGUGUGGCGCUGAGACAGGCCAUGUCCUUUAUGAGACAAUGUUUGUCUGGAAUGAAUUCUUGACUCGAGGAAUUAGGAAUCAUCUCCAGAAUACUUUUUGGACAGUUGCACUAGUUUAUGGCUUCUUUAAACAGGACACACUUGAGAUAUCUGGACGGGAGUUCAUACUUACGCUCAUUGCGAGAAGAUCUCGCCAUUAUGCUGGGACUAGGUAUUUGAGGCGAGGUGUUAAUGACAAGGGCAGAGUAGCAAAUGAUGUUGAGACAGAACAAAUAGUCUUUGAGGAUGUUCCAGACGGUCUUCCCAUCCAAAUUAGCUCUAUCAUCCAGAAUCGUGGCUCGAUCCCUCUUUUCUGGUCACAGGAAACUUCACGAUUAAAUAUUAAACCAGAUAUUAUACUGUCAAAGAAGGACCAGAACUAUCAAGCCACUAGACUUCACUUUGAAAAUCUUGUCAAAAGAUACGGAAAUCCCAUUAUAAUUUUGAAUUUAAUUAAGACCCAUGAGAAGAAGCCUCGAGAGGCCAUCCUUCGUCAAGAGUUUGCUAAUGCUAUAGAUUUCAUCAAUAAAGAUUUGUCUGAGGAAGACAGGCUUAGGUUCCUUCACUGGGAUCUGCACAAACAUUUUCAGAGCAAAGCUACAAAUGUGUUGCUGCUUCUAAGCAAAGUGGCAGCAUAUGCAUUGGCAUUAACGGGUUUUUUCUAUUGCCAAGCGUCAUCAACCUUGAGACCUGAAGACUGUCUAAAAUGGCCACCUAUAGAUAAUGCUGGCAAAAGAAGUUUUUCAUCUACCAGAAGAGCUGAUGAUGAUGAUGAGGAUGCUAAUGAUUUAGAGAGGAGACCAAGUGACGAGAUCAAUGUUUCCAAUGAAAAUGGCUCUGCUAAAUCACCCAGGUUGCAGAGGGGGGUGCUCAGAACCAACUGCAUAGACUGCCUAGAUCGCACAAAUGUUGCACAAUAUGCGUAUGGGCUGGCUGCUAUUGGCCACCAGCUUCACUCUCUGGGAAUUGUUGAGCAACCAAAAAUUGAUCUUGAUAACCCGGUAGCCAAUGAUUUGAUGCAGUUUUAUGAGCGGAUGGGUGACACACUUGCACAUCAGUACGGUGGUUCUGCUGCACACAACAAGAUAUUCUCCGCGAGGAGAGGCCAAUGGAGAGCUGCAACGCAGUCUCAGGAGUUUUUUAGAACUCUUCAACGUUAUUACAGCAAUGCUUGGAUGGAUGCCGAGAAACAAGAUGCAAUCAAUGUUUUCCUGGGGCAUUUUCAGCCACAGCAGGGUAAGCCUGCUCUGUGGGAGUUGGGUUCAGAUCAGCACUAUGACACGGGGAGACUUGGUGAUGAUGAUGCAAGGUCAUUUUUCAAAAGAUCAUUCUCAGAUGGAAACUUUCUCCGUGAUAGCUCUACACCUAUGUCAGCUCCAAAUGCUAAGAAUGAAAAAUCCUCAAAUCCAGGUUUACCAGACCGAUCAGGAGAAGGGAGCAAGGCUUUUUGUGAGUCAUCACCUGAAAUAUCUACUGCCGAGCCUGAGUGUGACAUUUCAUUUUCAAGAUACACUCCCUCAAUGCCCAGGAGACAGCUUUUUGUGGACAUGCAGAAAGAGCGAUGUGCUGAGACUCGUCAUAUUUACUAUUCUGAACAUGUGGAUUCCUUCACCUGCUCCAACUUUGUGGACCUGGAUUGGCUAUCUUCUUCAGGAAAUUCAUGUGAAGAAGAGCCAUACGAGAGGUCAUCUAUUACCAGCUCCCCGGUUGCUGGAGUAUCUUCAGAAAAUGUUGUCAAUGGAGUGGUAGUUGGAGAAACAGCUGCCUCCACUAGUGAUUGGGCCAGCUCCAGCGUAAAGGAGAGUGAAGCAAGUGAGUCAGAGGCAUCCUACCGUGAUGCACAGAACAACAAUCCAGAUGAAUUUCCUGAUACUUUUGUUGAAUGGGUGACUUAUGGACAGACACUUUGCCAUUGA